CGCACUUCGCUUCCCCUCCAUUUCUCGUGCGCGCGGAUCGCUUCCUCCAACCUUGAGCGAAGCGAAAAGUUGGUUACGACGAUUAGUGAAAGGUGAGGCGCAUCAGCCACAUGGGUGCUUUGAUUGGAUGGACGGUUAACGAGACACAUAUUGAGUUCCGCGUUUUCGACACCACCACCCAUUAUAAGAAACCAGCUGUAUCAUAUCGCAAAAUCUUCAAACUUGACCACCAAUUUAAUCUGCCGUAUUAUCUCACUACCAUGGCAAAGUCUAAUACCAAAACAAAAGCCACGGCUUCGUGCUGCGACCAACCGAAGCAGUCCUCGUCUUCGCCCAACAAGGCCAAUGCACCCUCCCCUGACUCUCCCAACAAUCAAGAGAGUCUCUCUUUUCGUCUCCCGUCAAUAUCCCCAGUUCUAUCCGCACUCCUCCACAGCUCAUGCUGCUGGCUUCCCGCUCUCCUUGAUCUCACCUCCAUUGGCUCCGCGUCUGUGGCAUCCAUCAGCCAUCUGAAGCCAAUUUUCUCGGCGAUCACGGUGUGGGUGCUCAUGGAUAGCUUCCGUCGGCAGGGCGUCACUAGUCGCAAUUUACUCCGGGCACUCGUGUCGGUGCUCAUCCUACUACUCCCAAUGGCUUUGGCGUACUUCCAGCCGGCUGCCCCUGCUGAAGCACCGAAGCAUAGCUGUCAUUAGGUGCCGUGUUGAUCAGUAGAGAAUUGGGUUCCGGGUCGCUUAUCUACCUUCAAACUGAGCCAUGCUCAACGCGACGUACCGUCGAUAUGGGUACAUGGCAUUUUGAGGCCACCGGUCACUGACAAGCACGAAACCACGCGUCUGUAUCAAUCAUGCGUAGUUAAGAGCAGGAGCCGGCAGGCCGGCUAUUCUCUACGGGCAAUCAGCUUCGCCUACUGCCGCAAGUUGAAUUGGGGACGUUCUAGUUCCAUGGGUCCUAAAGGCUGUAUUACUAGAGUUUGAAGGAGUAGCUUGCAAAUGCGAAUGCAGUUGGAAGUGGUGGCUUGAAGUAAUGGGGUGGAAACGGGUCAUAUUGCAUCAUUGUACUGUAUAGUUGUGCAUUUAGAACAGAGGAAGUUGGUGGAGGUAUUCGCUUUGGUAUCACUAUAA